AUGAGCGUCAACACCGCCCACGGCGCGUUCACCGUCGACGGGGUUCACACCGAGGUGCUGGUCAGCGACUACAGCAACAGGCUGAUGGUAGUGGUGACGCAGAUCGGGAAGCUCGGCACCAUCUACCACGCCGCCGAUCCCGGUCCCGGGGGCGUGUUCGAGGGGGACAUACCGCCGGAGGUGAGGACGCUGAUCGGCCGAUACGACGAUGAAACCCUUGAGGCGGCGGCGAGGAGGCUGGUACAGAUCGUGCAGAGCAGGGGUGUGAACAAACCGGUUCUGGUGAGCCUCGGGACCGUGCCCAACCUCGACUUGGGCACCCUGCGAGGCGUGGUUCGCGCCGCCGGGGACUUUGCCACCGAGGCGCUGGGCCUCGCCGUGCCCCGAGGAGCGGCGGCCGAGUGA